AUGGCAAUUUUUAAAUCAAUUUCAUCAAUUUCAAAUUCAACUGGUUCAAUGGGAAGUUCAAUUGGUACAUCUAAUAUUGUUGAAUUAACUGGUAACAAUAAUUCAAUUUCAUGUUUUGAUGGUGGCUAUGGUGGUUUUAAUGGAUUAAGUGGUUGUGGUGGUUCAAACGCAAAUAUCAUCAAUAUUGAUAUCGAUAUUGGCCGUCGUCGUCGUCAUAGAUGUUGUUAA